AUUAAAGCAUACAAUCCAAUAGAAUUCUUCCAACUAUAUGACGUUUCAGUAAGUGAAAAGUCGAACUAUUGGGGGCGUUCGCUGACCAUUGCUGCAUGCUACUUGACGGCUCGUGUCUGUCCAGCAUUGCAAGAAGAAAACAUUGUUUUAUAGCUGUGCUUCGUAAGAUCCCAUCACUGUGCAGAGAUGACGUCUCGGCUGGAAAAAGAACGUUCGAAGCAGAUACAAGAGAAAUGUCAGAAUCUUUUGACACUUAUGCUACGCGACGAAGACAACAAGUAUUGUGUCGACUGCGAUGCGAAAGGACCAAGAUGGGCUAGUUGGAAUCUAGGUAUAUUCCUAUGCAUUCGUUGCGCCGGAAUACAUAGAAACCUUGGAGUUCAUAUAAGUAAAGUCAAAUCUGUUAACUUAGAUACUUGGACACCUGAACAAGUAGUGAGUUUACAGCAAAUGGGCAAUUCACGAGCUAGGGCAGUAUAUGAAGCAAACCUUCCAGACAGCUUUCGAAGACCACAAACUGAUUGUAGUCUUGAAAGUUUUAUUCGUGCAAAAUAUGAACAUAAAAAAUAUAUAGCUAGAGAAUGGGUGCCGCCUCCUUUACCAAAGGUAAAUUGGGAUAAAGAACUGGAUGAAGAGGCUGAAAGACAACGUAGACGAAAAAAGGAGAGUUCUAAAACCUCCAAUAAUCAAACUAUACUUCCACCUGUUAAAAAACCAGAAGUUGUGCCUCAGUUGCCAAAACCUAAAAGCUCUGUCAGUCCAAAACCUAAUAGAGCAAACAAUUCUGCAACUUUAGACUUGUUAGGAUUAGAUGCUCCAGCAACAAAUCAAGCAAAUGUAAAUGGUAGCGGGGACGAUAUAUUUUCUUCAUUUUUAUCCGCACCUCCAGCUUCAGCAUCUACAUCUGGUAGUAGUACUUCAAACACAACUACAAAUACAUCAACAACAGUGAGUAAAAGUGAAGAAGAAAGCUUCUUUGAGCAACCAGCAUCAUCUCUGCAGGAGAAGAGUAAAAUGUCCAAAGACAGUAUUUUGGCUUUAUAUGGUACACCAAGUCAUCAGCAAUCAACAAUGUUUGGAGUUCCUGGUGGAGUAUAUCCUCAGCAGUCUACUGUCCAGUACAAACAAGUACCAAAUAUGGUAGCAUUUGGCCAACAAAGUUCCUUGACUCAACUCAAUCACCUUCCUGCUCAAAUGCCUGUUGCAACUAAUCAGAUACCUGUCAAUCAAAAUCAGAUUGCGGUAAAUCCUUCAUUAGGUUCAGUGGCAUCGAAUUCUUUAGGAAAUUGCUUACAUGUAGGACAAGUAAAUCAGAUGAAUGGUGUACCUAACUCUGCCAUUGCAAUGCAAUCCCAAAUGAUGAUGCAAAUAGGACAAUCUAAUAUUAGUAGCAACAAUGGAUGGAGUGGAGUAUUAACACAAAAUCUUCAGCCAGCUCCUGGUAGUAAUCCUUUUUUCAAUUUAACAACCCAAAAGCAACAACAGUCUGUUCCUUUUGGUGCUCAGUUACCACAACAGAUGUCACAACUAUCUUUAGGUGGUACAAAUUUUUCGAACACGCCAGGAAAAUCUACCGCUACGGCACUCCCUGGACAAACGCUUUCCAGCAAUUUGUGGCAGUAAAAGUCUUAUGGAUAUUGUUAGUUGAUUGAUUAUUCCAUUCAGUGUUAUACACUAGUGUCAAACGUUCGUUACCCACUAUGAUUACAUUUCCAUCCUAGUUUGGAAACUGCUCUGGGACACAACGCAAUUGAGAAAAACGAAAGGUACUCGAAUACUGCCAUUUCCGGAAAACAAUUCGUGAGUGUAUACGGUAUUUCGAGUCAGAAAAUAUUUUUCUUCUACGGCUUUGCUAGCUUUCAACGUUAUUGUUGGAAAGGUGGAAACUACGAAUAAAAACGAAUUUUUGACUGAUUAUAAAGAGUUAUUCGUGACGUACGCUACAUAUGUAUUCAACAACGUAACCAUAUUAUUUGCUAAAAUGGGUGCUUUUGUAAUCACGAUGAAUAUACGUCAGGGUCCACUUUCAUGAUGAUACAAAAAUUUUAUUAUACCAUGAAAGGUAUAAGUAUGAUUAUUAUAAUAAGCGUAUUUUGCGACACUAUUCAUUUUCCCUUAAAAUACGAACCUGUAAACAGAAUAUGUAAUAGUUCACGAACUACUAAAGUUCCCGAAAGAGUUGUACAUUAAAGGCCACUUUACUUAAAAAGUGACUUCAAUAAUUUUAAAAACGAACUCGUUUCCAAGCGUAGCGUUAUAAUAAUUGUAUGCAAUCAAAAUGUACUAGAACCUUUAAAUGUUUGGUUUCUAAUUUUAUAUUCAUUUAUGUAAAAAAUUGUAAUGAGAAUCUCUUGUUCCGAACAUUGUUUUUGUACUUGUAAGCGUAUUGUUUAAAAACGGUAACCACACGAUGUUGACUGCAAAUAUUAUAAAAUUAAAUGCAUUUCAUUUUAUUUUAUAAAUAUCUAAUGGCAGAGACUUAAUGAACCAAACAUGUUACCUACACUUUGAUUCUUAUUACAUGUAUGAAAUAUCAAAAAAAUUUGUUAGUAAGCUGUUUAUGUCAAAAAAUAAUUUUAGUUAUUAUUGAUUAAUUAUCAGUAUUUAGUUAGUAUCCUGUGUAAAGCAGAGACAUGUAUUUCUCUAUUAUAAAAUUUAUAACUUAUUGCCAUAUAACACAAUGAGUAUUGAAACGUGACAAUAAGUUUUGAAUAUAUUUCACUUUCAUGUUUUAUUAUAUUCAAUUUUUCUCUUAUAAAAUAAUACUGAAUAUAAAGUGCACGGUAUAGACGUAUUCAAACAUUUCUUUCAUUUACAUCAUAGCAAUCUACAUGAUAGUAACUGUGAACAAUUAGGCCUUGUAACUUACUGUUGCAGUGAGAGUUUAACAUAUUGUAAAACUGAUGUAAGUACAAAUACAUGUUGUCAAAAUGUAAAGAAAAGUUUAUAAAAUUAUCGACUGAGAGAUUCAUAACGUUAUAAUAAUAAAAUCGAAUAUACCAUA